AUGGCUGCUCAAACAGACAACUUUCCGGAAUUGCCUCCCUUCCCAGCAGAUGUGCCAACAGCUCCUCUUCUCCGUCUGUCUCUUGGGAAGCUCCUAAAUCAUGACAAGGACGAAUGCCAGAACUUCAUACAAGCAUGUGAGAAUAUCGGAUUCUUCUAUCUGAAUCUGCAGGACUCAGAGCAUGGCAGCCGUAUCCUUGAGGACGCAGACGAACUGUUCAAGAUUGGCAGCGACUUGUUCGAGUUAAACCUCGAAGAGAAGCAGAAGUAUGACUUUAGCAGCCAGAGCUCUUACUUUGGAUAUAAAGCGCAAGGAGCUGCCAUCGUCGAUCGCCAGGGAAAUCCUGAUCGGAAUGAAUUCUACAAUAUCUCCAAAGACGACAUCAUGGGCAUUUCAAAUCCCCUCCCAGCCCCAGACAUCCUCCAGAAAAGUCGCAAAACACAAGAAUCCUUCAUUCAAACCUCCCACUCCAUCGUCACACACCUCCUCAACCUCCUAAACGACAACCUCCAACUCCCACCCUCAACCCUCGCAAACCUCCACCGUCUCCACGCCAGAAGCGGCGACCAAAUCCGCUUCGUCAAAGCUCCUCCACAGCCCACGGACGACAGACGCACCGCACUAGGCGAACACACGGAUUUCGGAACCAUCACUAUCCUCUUCAACCGACUCGGCGGACUGCAGGUUCUUCCUCCCGGUCUGGACGCAGAAUGGCUCUACGUACGCCCUCUCCCGGGCCAUGCUAUCGUCAACCUAGGCGAUGCACUCGUCAAGUUCACGAAUGGGCUUUUCAGAUCGAAUAUCCACCGUGUUGUUUCGCCGCCAGGUACGCAGGCCGACAGUACCCGGUAUAGUCUUGUUUACUUCUCGCGGCCGGAGGAUGAAGUUCCUCUGCGCCGGUUAGAUGGGACAGAUCGCAUCCCGUCUCUUGGUGAGGGCGUCAUCGAAGAGGAAAUUAAUAGUAAGGAUUGGAUUAUCCGGCGGGCGUUAGGCCGCAGGACGAAUUUGGUUUCUGGAGUUGAUUUUGAGAAAUCGGCGGGGACGGAACAGUUGAGUCGGAGGAUUAGGGUGUGA